GACAAGAUGUCAGCUUUCAGCUGUUCACAGAUGGCUCCGCCUCCAAGGACGGACAUAGGAGUGGCUACAGUGUCAUUGCCUUGUUGAAGGUUGGGGCUGUCUGUACUAUGGUUGGGAUCAUUGGUGAACAAUUGGUCGGCAAUGCGGACACACAAUGGCCGAGCACAGGGGCCCUGGCACUGGACGCAGAGCAAAUCGCUAUAGCAACGGCGAUCCUAUGGACGUUGCAAAUGCGUGCGCUAAUACCAAAGGUGCGCUGCCAAAUUUGGUUUGACUGCCAGGCUGCGGGAUACGCGGCAUCAGGACAAUGGACAGUGAUCAAUGACAUGGGCAGCCGCCUUCGCAACCUGGCUCUUAUGGCGGACCAAGUUGGCGAGGUGUCCAUUGAGUAUGGCCACGUCAAAGCCCAUGCUGGCAAUGGAUGGAAUGAAGUAGCCGAUGCGGUGGCCAAGGCCCUGUCUUGCGGCAACAUAUGUGCCCAGGGGCCACCGGACGAGACGGUGAAAGCAUUCUUGGAACUGGACCUAGCAUGGGCCGGCUUCAACCUGAGGGCUGCCAGAGAUGGGUCGUCCCGUGUUGCGGCUGGCCAACUAUGGUGGAACGAAUCACAAUUCCGCCCAUACCAACUGACAGUAAACCAACUUAUCCCGACCAGUGCCGAGGACAACAAAGGCAUUGGCACGACCGAGCAGUGCUUCCGAUUGCGAGCUUGCACGGCCAACGUACAAGGGCUCACGGGGCACUACAAGUACGUCGAGGAACAGUUGGACCGGAUGGCCAUGAACGUGGUUUUCCUUCAGGAAACAAAGGGGCAUAGUGGCAUAUGCCAGAGCAGUGCCUACCUCCGCCUCUCCACAGAGGCCUGCAGACACUUUGGCGUUGCGGUGUGGUUCCAUAGGAGGCUCGGCGCCAUGCAGAUUGAUGGCGUUCCCCUUGUGAUCCAGGAGGAGGACAUCGAGGUCCUUGCUGAGACCCCAAGGCUACUGACGCUGGUCGUAAGAAAGGACGGGCGCAAGUUCGGAUUCAUAGCAGGCCACUGCCCGCAUUCUGGGCGAGCGGAGGAACGAGAUGCCUUCCUGGAGCAACUUGCCUCCAUACUGCAUAGACUCAAGCGAUCACACUUGGUGCUUUGCGGUAUUGACCUGAAUGGAAGAGUUCAGGCACCGUACGAGCUUGUGUGCGGAACGCUGACCUGCGAUGACCCGGAUGCCACGGGCCAAAAAUUUACGGAGACCCUGGCAAGCGCGGGAAUGUGGAUACCCUCUACCUACAAUGAGCUCCACCAAAGAGAUCCAUAUACAUAUUGCCACCCCUCGGGCAAUGAAAGCAGGAUCGACUAUGUGGUGGUGGGCGGCCGGGCCAACAUUGACGGAGCAGGCAGUGAAACUUGCCAGGACUUUGACAAUGGCAGCCCGAAUGAGGACCAUCGCUUGGCCGCCUUGACCCUGGAAGGACGACUACAGUUGAGCCAAGGGAGGCCCAAGCUGUGGAGGCCGGUCUACGACAGGGACAAGUUGGCGACGCCCGAAGGCGCACGAGAGCAAGACGACAGACGUGGGGGCGCCUUCGCCGAGCAGCCUUUGAACAUUGGCAAGGCGGAGCAAAGCAUGACCUUGAAGGUCAUGAUAGCAGAGGCCAAGGACAAGUUCCUUCGGCAGGUCGCGGCUGAAGGACACCAGAAUGUAACGGCCGUGCUACAAAGAGCGAGAAAAGCUGGAGUGGGAGGCCGGAACCGGCGACCGGUCAGCCGACCCCUACCGAGAUUGAUCGACCCCAAAACGGGUGAGGUUGCAACAACGGCUGCGGAUAGGGACAAGAUUUGGCUCCAGUUCUUCGGAGAACAGGAACAGGGCAAAGUCAUCCCUACCGACAGCCUCAUACAACAAGCCGGUGAAUGGCAAGACCGGGGCGACUCGGAAUGGAGCUGGGAGCUGCUGCCAUCCACAGCGGAGAUUGAGGCGGUCUUCCGUCGGACCCCAAAGGGAAAAGCAGGGGGAAUCGAUGCGAUACCCAGCGACCUGCUGGCUACAUCCCCGGGGCCGCUAGCGCAGCUGCUCCAGCCGCUGUACCUGAAGUCCCUGCUGGCCGGAAGGCAGCCACUCCAGUGGAGGGGCGGCAUCCUGUAUGAGGCCUACAAGAACUCAGG